AUAUCGUCCACGCGUCGUUACAACUGAGUUUGCUUCUCAUCUCGGCAAGAGCUUUGCGUUGACACGGCCCUACUCUCCUUCCUUUCAUGCGGCUGCAGAUUCAUUUCAGUACGGAGCCUCGAUCAUGGCGUUUGUCAAGCUAUUGCGCCGCUACCAGUAUCGCUUUAUCGGCUGUGUGGAAUGGAAUGCAUACUUCAUCCUCGGACAAGAGCUGACGAGCAAGCAUCUGGCUCGGCUGUUCCCAGAGGCAAACGUCGAAUCUUGUUUCUAUGAGGAUAGCGCCACCCUGGAGACGGACAGAAGGAGGAAGAAUCUUGCUUUGCAGGUGCCAUGGGUGGAGGUGGAGUUGGAGGCAGGGCGAGACCCCUUGACCUGGAAGGACAUCAAACAGCAUCUGAGCGGCGGAAGAUGACGAAAUAAGAGACAAGCAUGAUGUAACAGAAACGCUAGAGAAGUGUUAUAGUAACAAUCACGAUAGAGAAGUGUUGUUGUAACAGAUACAAGAGAGAUGUGUUGUGGUGACAGAUACAAGAGAGAUGUGUUGUUGUAACAGAUACAAGAGAGAUGUGUUGUUGUAACAGAUACAAGAGAGAUGUGUUGUGGUGACAGAUACAAGAGUGUUAUAAUACCAGAUACGCAAGUGCUUU